CGAGUGUUUAAGUGUUCUUCUCAUUUACAGGCCGCGACCGGCCGAGGCGAGCUGCUUCACUCACGGUACCGAGCGCUGCGUUCACUUACGGGCUGUUUGUUUAACGGAGGGGCGGCUGCCAUCUUCUCCAGCGUGAGUAACGGGACGUUAGCUCAGAUGCUAACAGACCCAGCACGAGCAGCCAGUCGUUCCACUGACAUGGACAAGUACGAAAAGGUGAAGAAAAUCGGCGAAGGCUCAUUCGGAAAGGCCAUCCUCGUCAAAUCCAAACAGGAUGGACACCAGUACGUCAUCAAAGAGAUCGGCAUAUCCGCAAUGUCGAGUAAAGAGAGGCAGGAGUCUCGGAAAGAGGUGGCCGUUCUGGCCACCAUGAGUCAUCCCAACAUCGUCCAGUACAAGGAGUCUUUCGAAGAGGGGGGCUGCCUGUACAUCGUGAUGGAUUACUGUGAGGGCGGAGACCUCUUCAAGAAGAUCAACUCCCAGAAAGGAGCGCUGUUCUCAGAAGAGAAAAUCUUGGAUUGGUUUGUGCAGAUUAGCCUGGCGCUGAAGCACGUGCAUGAUCGAAAAAUCCUCCACAGGGAUAUCAAAUCACAGAACAUAUUUUUGACGAAGGAUGGGACCGUGCAGCUUGGAGACUUUGGGAUCGCAAGAGUGCUCAACAGCACUGUAGAACUCGCAAGAACGUGCAUCGGCACCCCGUAUUACCUGUCGCCGGAGAUCUGCGAAAAUAAACCGUACAACAACAAAAGUGAUAUUUGGGCCCUCGGGUGUGUCCUGUAUGAAAUGUGCACUCUUAAGCAUGCUUUCGAGGCCGGCAACAUGAAGAACCUGGUUCUGAAGAUCAUCCGCGGCUCGUACCCGCCCGUGUCCGGCCACUACUCCCCGGAGCUGCGCUCGCUCCUGGCGCUGCUGUUCAAACGCAGCCCGAGAGAGAGGCCGUCCGUCGGCAGCAUCCUGGACAAGCCGUUCCUCACCGGCAGGAUCGAACGCUUCCUCACGCCGCAGAUCAUUGCUCAGGAAUUCCGCCAUACUUUUCUUCACAAGCAGCCUAAAGUGGGUUUGGUGCAGGGACCACCAGCCAAGCGUCCCGCCCCGGGCUCCACGCCACUCACCCCGGCCCAGAAGAUCACCAAACCAGCCAGCAAAUACGGAGUGCCUUUAACCGCGAGGAAGGUGACGGAUGCCAGAAGACCGGCCGUGAAGCAUAAAGCGGCCCCUCCCCCUGCAGCCCCCCACAGAAGAGUGAGUCAAGUGGAGGAAGAGAGGAAAAAACUCGAGGACGGCAUCAGAAAGAAAAGGAUGGAGCUGAUUGAGAAAGAAAGGAAACAGAGAGAGCAGGUGUUCCUGUUGAAAGCGGAUCAAAUGAAGAGAUAUGAAAAAGAAAAGAUGAAUCGUAUCAACCAGGCCAGAGAACAAGGCUGGAAACAUGUCCUGAGCUCUAGCGGGGGGAGCAGCCCAGAGAGGAAGUGUUAUGUAGGCGGAGGAAAGGGUCCCGGCCCUUCGGCCUGUCUGCCAGGUAGAACCCCGUACGAGCACUACCACGCCGCCCUGGACCAAAUGGCUAAACCGCAGCCUAAAGCCUUCGGCGGGGAGGCGUCCUCGGCAGGACUGGGCAGUCCCACCCGCGUACCUGCUGCUGCUGCCGGUCCAGUUCUGCCCAACGGCCCCGCCCGACUCCUGAACUGCGACGCCGUCAAGAGGGAGCUGCAGCGGCUGCAGCACGUUUCCAAACCGGUCCACGUCAGUCGGCCGCGGGGUCAGGCGGCUGCCGGACGGGCCUAUCAGGUGGAGGAGUUUUUACAGCGGAAGAGGGAAGCCAUGCUCAACAAAGUCCGUGCCGAGGGACAGCUGGGCGCUCGGCAAAACCUGACCGCAACCUACAGAAGCCGGGCCGGUUCCAUCUGGUGCAGGAGACCCAGAGCCGACCAGGAGGAGGAGGAGUACUUGUCCAGGCUGAGGCAGAUCCGCCUGCAGAACUUCAACGAGCGUCAGCAGAUCAAAGCCCGGCUCCGAGGAGAGAAGUAUGACAGCGAUGGUUCUGACAGCCAGGAGGCCAGCGAGGAAGCGGAGCUCCGGAGGAAGAAGAUCGAGGCUUUAAAAGCCCAGGCGAACGCCCGCGCCGCCGUUCUGAAAGAACAGCUGGAGAAGAAGAGGAGGGAGGCCCAGGAGAGGGAAAAGAGAGCUUGGGAGGACCACCUUGCAGCUCGGGGGGUAAAGGUUGGCAUGGCAGCAGCAGCAGCAGCAUCAUCAUCAUCAUCGUCACCACCAGCAGCAGCAGCAGCAGCAGCAUCGUCUACCUCUGACGGUCCUCUUCCACAGCCGAGUCCCUUUCAGCUGGACCCAGCGGCCGAACCUCCGGCCCCGCCUGCAGCCAUAUCCAUGACCGCCGCCCUGAAGAAUGUUGGAGCGACGACUCCGCUGAAAGAAAAGUCCCCAGAGACCGCCACGGUCGUCCAGAGUGAGAAGAAGCUGAUUCUGCGGCGACUCAACCAGAACCUGAAAACCCAGAGCGCGGUGGAGUCGGUGGAGUCGGUGGAGUCGGUGGAGUCGGUGGAGUCGGUGGAGUCGGUGGAGUCGGUGGAGCCGGUGGAGCCGGUGGAGCCGGCUCAUCCGAGUCCUGGUCCCCAACGGAGCCGGGCGGACUCGGACACGCGUCCCUCUUCCAACGGAGACCGGAAGAAGUGGGACGCGGCGGAACUGCCCGUGCUUCCCGUGGCUCAGCGAACCUUUGAGGAAACCUCGACCGCCACCUCGACGUCUCCAGACGACGGACAGUCUUCCGCUGGAGACCGGAGGAAGUGGGAGGCGGGACUUCCUCUUGUCCUUUCCGUAGCCCGACAAACUCUGGAGGAGACGUACCUCGGGACCAUCGAGCGAACGGCGGGGGAGGUGAUCCAGAUGGCGGCGCUGCAGGAAGAGGCUCGCAGGAAGGUGUGGGGAGCGAGUCCGGACUCUCAGGUGCUGAGGGUGCUGAGGGAGGCGGAGCUUCAGCCUCUCACACAGCGGCUGGAGGACGUCACCGUCGGCGAGGACGACAUCUGCAGCCCUGCCGAUGUCACGCCGCCGCCCAGAGAACCGAUGUCCGCUCAACCGGCGCCGCCUGCCUCGGCCCCGAGCCCGGAGGUCCAGAAGGAGAGCGCUCCGACGAACCUCGCCGAGAUUCAGGAUCCAGAAGACGUGGAGUCUUUGGUUCUGGAGGAGACGCCUCGACGGGCCUCGCGUCCUCCAGCCGGUGUGCAGCAGGCCUGGGAGCAGGAAGCCCGACAGCCGAUGCCACCAGAGGGCGUAACUAGACCCGCUGCCACUAAAGAGGCCGAGAGGAGUGCAGAGAAACCGGCCGAAUCCAGUUCAGCCCAACGCGAGGAGCCCCUGUUCACAAAGCUGUGCUCCCCGGCCCACCGACGCACCGCCGCCCUGCUGCUCCUCUCGGCCCAGUCCUCCGUGGACGACUCCUCCUCGUCGGUGGCCUCGCGCUCGCGCUCCAUCUCCCCGCUGCGCUCCAAGCACCACGCCCUCCUCGUCGGCCUCUCCACGGGCAUGUUCGACGCCAACAACCCCAAGAUGCUGCGGACCUGCUCGCUGCCGGACCUCAGCCUCCUCUUCAGCUCUCGGCGGGACUCCGCGGCGGCCGGCGACGCUCGCGGCGCCCCCGACGACGGCAACAACCUGGAGAUCGAGGACCUGGAGGACGCGGCUAAAGACGACGACGACCGGUCGGAGGCCGAAGAUGCGUAUGAGGACGAAGACCUGCGGGACAUCCGGGCCUCCAUGGAGAGGCUGCUGCAAGAGGAGGGCGACCUGAUGAGGAGGAGCCCUCUGCAGGUCGGAGCAGGAGACUUCAACGGGAAUCCUCCAGAGGAGGAGGAAGAAGAGGAGGAGGAGGAGGAGGAGGAAGAAGAAGACGACGACGACCGGGUACUUUUCCAAAGGAUAGCCGCUGAGAUCGACCAGGACAGCAGCCAGAUGGCUGUAGAUGACGACGACGAAGAUGAAGACGAAGAGGAGGAGGAGGAGGACGAUGAUGAGGAAUGCUCUAACGGGAGUGCCGGUGACGAGGAAGCAGGCGAGCUGCUCACCAACGGUGUGGGAGAGGGGAACCACGGUAACCACAGCCAGCUCAACGAGGAGUGGCAUUCAGACGGCAGUGGCGAGGAGCCGGGCGGAGAGGCUGCGCACCACGACAGCAUCUUCAGCCGCCUGGAGGAGCUUCGCUUCAAUCUGGAGCAGCAGAUGGGCUUUGAGAAGUUCAUCGAGGCCUACAACAAGAUAAAGGUACGUGUGUCUGACCUCUACAACAAGAUAAAGGUACGUGUGUCUGACCUCUACAACAAGAUAAAGGUACGUGUGUUUGACCUCUACAACAAGAUAAAGGUACGUGUGUCUGACCUCUACAACAAGAUAAAGGUACGUGUGUCUGACCUCUACAACAAGAUAAAGGUACGUGUGUUUGACCUCUACAACAAGCUAAAGGUACGUGUGUCUGACCUCUACAACAAGAUAAAGGUACGUGUGUCUGACCUCUACAACAAGAUAAAGGUACGUGUGUCUGACCUCUACAACAAGAUAAAGGUACGUGUGUCUGACCUCUACAACAAGAUAAAGGUACGUGUGUUUGACCUCUACAACAAGCUAAAGGUACGUGUGUCUGACCUCUACAACAAGAUAAAGGUACGUGUGUCUGACCUCUACAACAAGAUAAAGGUACGUGUGUCUGACCUCUACAACAAGAUAAAGGUACGUGUGUCUGACCUCUACAACAAGAUAAAGGUACGUGUGUUUGACCUCUACAACAAGAUAAAGGUACGUGUGUUUGACCUCUACAACAAGAUAAAGGUACGUGUGUCUGACCUCUACAACAAGAUAAAGGUACGUGUGUCUGACCUCUACAUGUUCACAACAUCAGACUUUAACAAACAAACUGAUUCUUGUUUUUUGUUUUGUUUUUUUAAGGCGAUACAUGAAGACGAAGACGAGAACAUCGACCUGGGCUCCAGCUUGGUCUUGAACAUUUUGGGCACCGAGCACCAGCAUCUGUAUCCCAACAUCCUGCACCUCGUGAUGGCGGACGGCGCCUACCAAGAAGAUAACGAUGAGUAGGCCUCCAGCUGUGCAGCUGUGUCACAAUCUGCCGCCUGAAGUCUCCGAGCAGGAGGAUCUGUGCAUGAGGCGUCAUCACCUGCAUGAUGAGUAACACUCGAGGCUGUUUUCGUACCCUUUGACUCUCGGCACCUGACUUUUCUAACCAGUGUUCAUUCGGAAGUGCAUUAUUUAAAGAACACGCACGCUCUCAUUAACCAAAGUUAACUUCCACAGUUCAGUGGCAUUUUAUUUUGGCGGGCAAAGAUUUGGUCCUCUCAGGUGCUCUCUUCUCUUCUCGACCGCAGCUUAACCCCCCCCCCCUCACCCCCUCCUCCCCAAAAGCAGAUGUCUCACGAUCUCCUCACAACCAGCUGAACCUCUUUUCUUACGACUCUUUUCACCGACGCAGCAACUUCAAUGUGAUCGAGUUCAUUUUCCACGUUUCUUAAGCCAGUUGAUUUUAUUUGAUUUUAAUGUAGCGAGACUGUGACGUAGCGGGUCAGAUGGAGUUUAACUGAUGAUGAUGAUGAUGAUAAUAAUAAUUGGUAUUUAAUUAUAAAUAAAACAAUGUAAAUCUUUAUAUGAAAUAAACACUUUUUUAAGAA